AUGUUCAAUCCAGUUGAUACAUUGCCAAACUAUAUAAACAUUUUGGCAGAGGUUCAGUUAUCUGACCGUGCAUAUGUGGAUGACUUUGGUGGGAAGGUAAACCCCACUCUGCUAAUCUCUCCGCCUAAGAAAAUUAAUCUUAUAAUUUCCAGUUGUAGGAAUACCUUGAUUUCGGCCAAAAAGUAG